AAAAUAAAAAUCCCGGGCGUAGCCCGGGUUAAUCCCUAGUCUAUACUAAUAAAGUAGAACAGAAACACUCCAGAGGCUGCCACGUCAGCAGACCCCGUUCGUUUUGCUGACACGUGUCGAAGGGAGAGGGGAUUUCGUUUUUUUCUUACGCGAGAGUUUGGUUACGGGAGGAGAUUUGGUUUUGUUUGGGCUUUUGUUUUUACUUUGGGCCCAAGUGAUGUUGCUAGGGUUGACGUAUGCUCACGGCGUUGCCAUUUCCGCCUUCCUCUUUCCAUCGUUUUUGCUUUCUCACCUCUCUGUAACGUAGUCUUCAUUGAAAUCGAUCUUUAAUUCGAUCAUCAAUUUUCACCCCACCUCUCUUCCCACUCCAUCUCAUUUGCUCUUAUGGACGACCCGGUUUUGUAACAGAUCGGAGGUGGCGCUAUAAAUACGUGUGUCUUGGAGCGAUGAGGAUCUACAGCUCUGAGAUUUAUAGCUUAAGCAAUCCGACGCGCCUUCCGAUAUGUCUUCAUAUGUUCUUCUCGCUAACUUGAGAGCAGGCCGUUGCUCAAACACCGCUGAAGUUCGUCUUCUGAGGUUCUGGGAAGCUCGCAACGUCAGGAAAGAUGGAGAGCUUAUGAGCCUUGACAUGCUUCUCCUUGAUGAACAGUCUACGCUGAUACACGGGAGCAUCAACUCAAGCCGCGUUGACACUUUCCGGAGGCGGCUCAGUGAAGGCUCCGUCUACUCUCUCAGUGGUUUCGACGUGGCACGGGCUAACCCAAAAUACCGACUCUCUGACUCUCCGGUGUCCAUACGCUUCAAUGAUGGAACUUUUUUUGAGCCAAAAACUGACUCGGACAAGGACAUUCCGACUGAGUUAUUCAGGUUUCGCAGCCAUGAACAGUUUCUGGCAUUGGCAAAUACUAACAGAGAACUCCCAGAUAUCGUUGGUGGAGUAAGUUCCGUGAGGAGCACGAUCACCGACGGUCUACGCGGUCCUCAGCGUGUAAUGGUGACUCUACGUUUGGAAGGGGAUGUCAAUGUUUGUGUCAGUAUGUUUGAUGAUCGUGCUGUAACUUUCCAAACUAAGUUUGACGAGCACGUCUCUAAGCCAAGGGUUAUACUGUUUACAAGUAUCAAUCCCAAAGUUGUUGGAGGGAAGCUUUUUCUCAACGCUACGUCUGGUACGCACUUUUAUUUCGACCGUGAAACAUCAGCUGGAAAAGAGCAUUAUGAAAAGCUGGUUGGUGAUGGAGCCAAUUCGAGCUCUUCUAAAUCAAAAGUGGUCUCAGCUCAGAAAAUCGAGCCCUUGACCGUUGCUGAACUGAACCAAUAUGUCCUUGCCGCUGACCCACAGGAUAUUGAGUUCCUAUGCAAGGCCGAGGUGACCAGUCUUCAGUCGGAUAAGGGAUGGUGCUAUAUCGGAUGCUCCAAAAGCGCAAAGAAGCUUCAGCGGGAUGAAACAUCUUUCACUUGUCUCUCGUGUGAUAGGGAGAACGCUACGGGUGUGUUAAGGUAUCGGGUGGAGUUCUCGGUGGCGGACCAUACGGAUGAGGCUGUAUUUGUAGCAUUUGAUACAGAGAUUGCUAAGCUAACCAACAUCCAAGCAUCUGAGGCUGCACAUAUUUUUGGUGCGGGUGUGAAUGCUAGGGUCGACAGCGACUUCCCUCCGUUCUUGAAUGAAGUAGUUGGAAAAACUUUCACUUUCCAGCUCAAGUUGGGUCAGUUCAACUUCACCUCCAAGCACCAGAGUUUCACUGUCUCCCGUAUAAUAAGUGAACACGAGAGAGCGCCAUUGCCAGCGUUUGUUAACGAUGGGGGUGAUCAUGGACCAGCUGACAAUGGAGAUGGUGUGGCACCAAAGAUUGAUGAGAGUACCGUUGUCAGCAACAAUGCAUCGGCAUCAAAUGUCCCAUAUCACGGUUCUCAGGCUGCAAAAAACAGAAGCUUGUCAAUGAUGGGAACGUGAAGAAGAAGGCACACAAGGAGUAGAUCAACCUGGAUUGCAUCAUUUCCCACCGCUUACCUAUCAAAAAAUGCUUUAUCUUUUGUUCAUCUUUUUAAUUUAAACUCUUUAGUUUCUUUUUUCCUAAUAUUAUAGAUUUGAAUUCUAUGUCUGGUGGAUGUUUUAACGAAUGCAAUCUGAUCUUUUUCUUUCGAUAUUAUACAGUCUUCCGUUUUGGUGCUUUGAUAUUAACCUAAGAUGCUCAAAAUAUUUGUUAUCCUUUAUGCUA